GCAGUAGUGAAUACAGUGAUGAAAAUGAAGGUAGUUAUUUUCUUCCUUGCUACAAUUGUAGCAACAUGCCAUGCUGCAAACUUCCGAAUUUUCCCUCUCCAAAUGAAAACUGGUUUAGGUGCACACUACCCUCCGAAAAUAUCGUGCGCAAGUUGGAGGCUUGGUGUGGAAGCACACAACUUGAUUGGCUUCACAACUAUUCCAAAAGAAUGUGAAGAAUUUAACGGAGAGUACAUGCUAAGUGAACAAUAUAGAUCAGAUUCCAAAACUGUUAAUCGUGAAGCUUAUUAUUAUGCUAGGGACCUCGAAAUCGCUUCAAAUGACAUUUGGGUUUUUGACGUAGAUGAGACUGCAAUCUCCAAUCUUCCCUAUUAUGCCGAGCACGGAUUUGGGGUGGAACCAUUCAACUCGACGGCGAUUGAUGAAUGGAUUGAACUUGGCGAAUUACCAGUGCUGCCGGAGACUAUUAAGCUGUACAAUAAACUGUUGUCACUUAACAUCAAGAUUGUAUUCUUAACAGAAAGAUCAUUGGUUCAUGAGAAAAUAACUGCUGAGAACUUGAAGAAAGCUGGAUACUACACAUGGGAAAAGUUAAUUGUCAAGGAUAAAUCGAUAUACGCAGGCAAAACAUCACAAGAAUACAAAACAGCAGAGAGAAAGAAGCUGGUGGAAGAAGGAUACAGAAUCAUUGGAAACACAGGAGACCAAUGGACCGAUCUUCUGGGAAAACACAAAGGAGAUAGAACCUUUAAGCUGCCUAAUCCAAUGUUCUACAUUCCCUGAUCCAAUGUAGUACAUUAGUUAAGCUCCAUAGCCUGUUGUUUUCUUGAAUAAGAUAUGGAGACUCU